UAUUUAACAGAGAGAUUUUUCGUUUCUUUAACCAUUUCUCUUUAGCUUUCUCUGCCAUGGAGAUGGGCAAAAAAGGAGCGAUUUCCGUCACAUUCAUCGUCGUUCUCGUGAUGACCUGUCAGGCCCAAAGUCAACGAGGCGAGGAAGAAAAAGAUCGGAUUACGUCACUUCCCGGGCAACCUGACGUCACGUUCGAGCAGUUCUCCGGCUACGUCACCGUCGACAGAGUCGCCGGAAGAGCUCUCUUCUAUUGGCUCACCGAAGCUUCUCGUCUCCCUUCCUCCAAACCUCUCGUCGUUUGGCUCAACGGAGGACCGGGAUGCUCAUCGGUGGCGUACGGGGCAUCGGAGGAAAUCGGACCGUUUAGGAUAAACAAGACAGGGAAUGGACUGUACGUUAACAGGUUCGCGUGGAACUCACUCGCUAAUCUUUUGUUCCUCGAAGCCCCUGCCGGUGUCGGCUUCUCUUACAGCAACCGUUCCUCCGAUCUCUUCAAUACCGGCGACCUCCGUACCGCUAAAGAUUCACUUCAGUUUCUCAUCCAAUGGUUGGAUCGGUUUCCGCAGUACAAAAACCGCGAAAUCUACAUCGCGGGCGAGAGUUACGCAGGCCAUUACGUUCCUCAACUCGCCCGGGAAAUCAUGAACUACAACAAACAUUCCAAGCCUCCGAUCAAUCUCAAAGGAAUCAUGGUCGGGAACGCGGUGACGGACAACUACUACGACAACCUGGGGACAGUGAAUUAUUGGUGGAGCCACGCAAUGAUAUCGGACAGAACGUACCACGACUUGUUGAGCUCCUGCGAUUUUAGCCGUCAGAAGGAAUCCAACGAGUGUGAGUCGCUCUAUUCCUAUGCAAUGGAGAAAGAGUUCGGUAACAUCGAUCAGUACAACAUCUAUGCCCCUCCCUGUAAUAAGUCCGACGACGACUUCUCCCAUGGCCGCCAUGGCAUGCGCCUCCCCCACCUUCCCCACUCCGUAAGUAUAAGGGUAAUGAGGAAGAUUGCAGGGUAUGAUCCGUGUACGGAAAGAUAUGCGGAGAUAUACUACAACAGGCCCGAUGUUCAAAGAGCUCUUCAUGCUAACGUAACCAAGAUUCCAUACAAAUGGACCGCUUGCAGUGAAGUGCUGAACCGGAAUUGGAACGACACGGACACUUCUGUUCUGCCCAUAUACCGCGAAAUGAUAGCCGGGGGUUUGAGAGUUUGGGUUUUCAGUGGCGACGUGGAUUCAGUGGUGCCAGUGACCGCCACAAGGUACUCUCUUGCACGGUUGAAGCUAAAUACCAAGAUCCCUUGGUAUCCUUGGUAUGUCAAGAACCAGGUCGGAGGAUGGACCGAGGUAUACGAGGGAUUAACGUUUGUGACGGUUAGAGGAGCAGGUCAUGAGGUGCCAUUGUUCAAGCCGAGAGCUGCUCUUCAGCUUUUCAAGUACUUCUUGAGAGAUCACCCUCUUCCCAAGGCUUGAAGAGAAGCCUACCUCAUGGUUGUGGGGUUGAAAUUGACAUUAAAAAAAGUUUGAGGGUGAUAAUAUGACAUGGUGUAAAAUUUGGGGCCAUAUGAAUUUAAAUACCGAUCGAAGCUCUGUAUUUUCCAUUUCUUCAUGUUAAUGGGGAAAAAAGAGAGUGAAAAAAUUGUUAAAAAAUUAGAUGAUGAUUGGUUUGAUCA